AUGCUUUUGCAACUUGGUCGGGAUCUCCAAAAUAUUCACGAUGCGAACCUUGUACAUAGAGAUCUCCAUAGCGGCAAUGUGCUCGUUGAUUCUAUCACAUGCAUUGCUGACUUGGGACAGUCUCGAAACGUCGAAACUUUACAAGCUUCUACUGAGGUGAACGGUGUGAUGCCAUAUGUCGCGCCCGAGGUAUUACGUGAACAACCGUACACUAAAGCUGCUGAUAUAUAUAGUUUUGGCAUAAUUAUGUGGGAAUUCACUUCCUUUCAAUUGCCAUUUCCUGAAUGUCCACAUGAUAUUGAUUUGGUGCUUAGUAUUUGUGGUGGUUUGCGGCCAAGGCCGAUUGAAGGGACGCCAUCCUGCUAUGUGGAACUAAUGCAACAAUGUUGGGAUUCUGAUCCUACGAAGCGUCCUACUGCAGGGUACAUAGUAAAUGCACUGCAAAACUGGUUUCAAGGUUCAGAUGAGGACAUUGUGAAUCAAUUUAAAGCCGCUGAUGAAAUUGAUUCCGUACGAGAGAGGUCACAACCAGUUCAUCAAUUGGCCUUUUACACUAGUCGCCGUUUACCAACGAUCCCUAUUGUCGAUACACUAUCUCAUGCCAGCUCCCGUGCAUAUGAUAUGUAUCAAAUGCUAAGGCCGGUAUAUUGUAGAGCGAUAGCAAAUAAUCAUACUAAACUCGGUGUUAAUUCGAAUACAAUGGGUGUUAACAUUCAUAAGUUUCUUGCACCGUACUCACUUCUCGCAGUUGCUUCACAACAUAAAUUUGUCUCCGCACCGGAAAUUAUGAGCGUCUCGAUGCCAAGAGAGACAAGUAAAGAACCUAGUUCGGUGUUAUAA